AAUGAAAUUCACGUGUACUCCGCCUUAAUAGGAGUUCCAUUUACAGCAUUUUUAAAGUAACAACAAUUGCGGGACUUUGAUAACUGGCCGUUUAACAGGGGGUGGCCGCUGGCCGGUGGCGUUCCCUGUCGCUUCUCUUAGCCAAGGCCCCGCCAGCGAUCCCGCCGACUGAGAGAAACGAAAAGGGCUAUGGGGGGUGGGGACGAGACUGCAGCUCUCCGCAGCCUGGGCACCAGCUCCCGUCUGUAUCCAAGAUGGCGGAUUACAAGAGGAGUUUUCCUCUUUUCUGUGUAGCCUUUGCUUCCCGCUUGGUUCUCAUUUACAGUCCAGUUAAAGAUUGGCUGAUUAACAGAAUAGAGCUUUCUACACCAUUAACUGCUUGGAACAGAGUGCAGGAAGGCCUCUCUCUAGUUAAGCAUGGAGUUUCACCAUACUCUGGAGAUAUAGUACAUGAAACUCCCAUGGUGCUAUCAGUAUUCCUUGGAUUACAGCAGGUGUCAGAGAAGUUGUUUCCAGUUUUGUUUGUGGCAGGAGAUAUGUUGAUCGGAUGGCUUCUCUACAAGCUUGCCAGUCUUCACUCUCAAAUGCUGUUGAAAGAGCAGACGCUGAAUUCAAAAUCAAAUAAGUCUUUAGAGCCAAUCUUGCUUAAACCGGACUCUUUGGAUGGCAUUCCUUUGCUAGUUUCAUCCAUUUAUUUGUUAAACCCCUACACCAUUGGUUCCUGUGUGGCUCAUUCUACUGUGAUGUUCACCAACUUAGCAAUAACAACUGCACUUCUUUUUUCGCUAAAAGGGAGUAUUCUUCUCAGCACCCUUGGGGUAGCUGUUGGCACUUACCUCUCCCUCUAUCCUGUGACAUUAUUGGCUCCUGUAAUUCUUAUACUGAUGAAGGUAAACUUGUUGCAGGAAGGCCUCUCUCUAGUUAAGCAUGGAGUUUCACCAUACUCUGGAGAUAUAGUACAUGAAACUCCCAUGGUGCUAUCAGUAUUCCUUGGAUUACAGCAGGUGUCAGAGAAGUUGUUUCCAGUUUUGUUUGUGGCAGGAGAUAUGUUGAUCGGAUGGCUUCUCUACAAGCUUGCCAGUCUUCACUCUCAAAUGCUGUUGAAAGAGCAGACGCUGAAUUCAAAAUCAAAUAAGUCUUUAGAGCCAAUCUUGCUUAAACCGGACUCUUUGGAUGGCAUUCCUUUGCUAGUUUCAUCCAUUUAUUUGUUAAACCCCUACACCAUUGGUUCCUGUGUGGCUCAUUCUACUGUGAUGUUCACCAACUUAGCAAUAACAACUGCACUUCUUUUUUCGCUAAAAGGGAGUAUUCUUCUCAGCACCCUUGGGGUAGCUGUUGGCACUUACCUCUCCCUCUAUCCUGUGACAUUAUUGGCUCCUGUAAUUCUUAUACUGAUGAAGGUUAGGUUUACUGAUAUUGAACUCAGCAAGAAGACUGUUGUGUUUGUCAGUCAAGUUGUUGCUUCCUUUAUUAUAUGGACAGUGCUUUUGCUUAGCAUGUCCUAUCAUGUGUUCAACUCGUGGGACUUCCUAAGUGCAACUCAUGGGUUUAUUCUGCAGGUUUCUGAUCUCACACCAAACAUGGGACUGUUCUGGUACUUCUUUACGGAGAUGUUUGAACAUUUUAGGAUUUUCUUUCUCUGGGUGUUUCAACUCAAUGCCUUUUUCUAUUGCAUCCCUUUGACCCUCAAAUUAAGGAAUAAUCCAACGUUUCUCGCCUGUAUACUCUGUUCCGUGAUGGCUAUUAUGAAGUCCUAUCCUGCCCUAGGUGAUACCGCACUUCCACUGUCCCUCCUGGCACUGUGGAUUCACAUAUUUCCCUGUAAGCCAAUUCAGUGUCAAAACGCCUCGAAGUUGCCAACUAUUGAAGAGAGUUUUUUUUUUGUAGGUCAAUGGAUAGGAACAAGUAAACAACAGAGACAACGUAACAAUGUUUUGUGGUCGGGAGUUCGACCUUACCUCUACCUCCAAACUUUGCAUCAUUUGUAUUCGUUUUGCUGUCUUGAGGUUUUCCUCUUUUUGCUUCAUUUGCAGAUCUUAUUGACGUCUGACAUUCUGUUUGCGUUUCUCCGUCGUGAGUAUGAUCUUCAUCAUGGAAUUUAUCCACCCGUCUUGGAGGGUGACGCUGCUUCUGUGAUCUUACGGUAACUCGGUAAUCUGGACACAGACAAACUUAAAUACAGUUUCGGACAUCACCUUGCAUUUUACGCGCACCGGUUACAAGACCAUCAUGUGCUGGACAUAAGGAACUUGCGUAACUUAUUAAAUUACUGAAGUUAUAUAUUUGCCUAAAUUGUGGAACAUCUGGGACGGCAACGUCCAAAAAUUAUUGGACAUUUACACGCGUAAGCAAAGCCCGUCCGACUUUUACGCGCUGGGAUCAUGUUCCUCUACAUCAACAUCCCACCCAGAAGGUGAAAUGAAAAGAGCGAUGGCCCUCCUAAUGUUUCAGGUGACCGAAAUGGAUCCAGCAGUCCACUGAAAUGCUUCGAAUUGACCCGAAGAUUGCUGAAGAGUUUCCGAAUUGUCUACCGAAGUUCGAACGUAGUUCCGAUACCACCUGAAUGUCUCUACAGAAUGCUCGGCAAAAAAUAAUUACCGUGAGCUCAUGGUGUACGUUCUGUUCAGCGUGAGCAGUGGAAACUUGGCGAUGCUGACACGAAUGACUUAUCGUGGUAGUUUUAGUUUUUGUGGUAUACAUGUAAUAAAGAGUAAUUUAAAGUA